ACAGAACAUUGCUAGCAAAAAGUUUUUAUUACCCUGUGUUUAAAAAGUGUUACAAUGAGUUAUCCACCUCACGGACCACCUCCUCCGCCAUAUUAUGGGGGGCCACCCCCUCCAUGGGGUUCUGGGAACCAUCCUAGACCCCACUGGCCUUAUCCACCCCCAGAACACGGCCACCCUCCACAAGUACCAUACCCGUACUACGUCCCCGGGACAGUCAUGGUACCAGUCCCUAUUAUGCCAGUUCCUGCAGCUGAAACAUCACAACCCACUUACGUCACAAACCACAUUUACCACGGAUCUGAUUCGUCGAGCCAAACGGACAAAGUGCAAAUUGCUGAACUUUCUGGAGAGUUUAACUGGGUACCAACAACUUCUACUACAGCGGGACAUUUAUCUGGGAAAGCAGUUCUGGGAGGCCACGAAGGAUGGGAUGGAAGUCCCUUGUGGGUGAUAAGAGCAUGGAACUGUGGAGAUCUGAUUCCUGGGAAAUUAUCGGUCAGACAUAACGCUGCGUCAGUAAUGUAUAAUGGAAAAGAAGUUCCAGUCCAGAAUAUUGAGGUUCUUUGCGCAAAACCAGAAAGCUUAAGAUGGGUACCAUCUUCGAAUGGCAAUGUCCCACCUAGCGCCAUACCUGGAGGAAAAACAGCAACGGGAGAAACGUUAUAUAUUGGCAGAGCGAGACACCAGCUCUCAUUGACUCCAGGGAAAGUCCAUCCGAGUCAUAAAUGCUGUUAUAUCGGUUUCGCGGGCGCUGAAGUAUCACAUACGAUCUAUGAUGUUUUAUGCAGGUUAAGUUGAGUGGUUGGAUAGGUCUGAUAACUUACUUAUGAUGUUUAUUCAACUAAAUUCUGUACCGCGUCAAGGAAAGAAGAUACUGGAGUUCCAACGAGCUGUUUUCAUGAUAUAAGUAUAAGAUAUCUUAAAGGAAGGCUUUAAUACGGAUUUUCAUCGCUUGUUUUCAACACAAUGAAAAAAUGUAAAAAAACAAAUAAAAGACUGUUGAAUUUACA